ACUGACAUAAAGAUGGUUACCAAAAUGAAGAAGGCUCCUGGACCUGAUCAAGCAAAGGGAUGGGUGAUCGCGAUGGCCUGUUUCUGGAUUAAUUUCAUCAUGCUCGGACUUGCUAGGACUGCUGGAGUCUUGUAUGUUGCACUCAUUGAGCUGUAUGGUGUAAGCAGGGAGGCAGCCACGACACCGUUCAGCAUAAGAGUCUGCGUCAGGAAUUUUACUGGGCCGCUGAUUGGGAUUCUUGGUCUGAAAUAUGGCGUCCGCAUAUCUACGGCCGUGGGAGGAUUUAUAGCUGCCAUGGGUGGCAUCCUUUGCUUCUUUGCUCCCGAUGUCUUCUGGAUAACAGUUUUUUGGGGAAUUAUCCAUGGAGUGGGAUUUGGAAUGUCAACUCUCAUACAUAUGGUGACCAUUAAUCACUAUUUUGAUAAGUACAAGGCAUCGGCCUUGGGCUUAGGCUACUCAGGAGACUGUUUUGGAACCUUUACAUUUCCUGUUAUCUUGGAAUAUCUGCUCUCCAAUUAUGGCGUCAGAGGAACUUUUCUAAUUUUAGGUGGCAUAGUGCUGAACGUCAUACCAAUGGCUCUUCUUCUGAGGAAACCUUCAUGGAUAAAAGCGAACAAAAAAGAGGGAAACUUUACCAGGAAUAUUGCACAACAGACUGCUAUGGACACGAAACUUUGUAAAGGAGCAUUACAAUCUGGUGGAUGUAGAAAUGAAGGCUUCAUGGAACAUGAUGAAAAGACACUUCGUGACAUUAUUGCAUUAGAAAGCCUUGAUAAUGGCUUCGCAAAAGAAUGUAGUCCUCCUGUAUCUCAAGAUAAUGAAAAACCAAAGGUUCGAAUCAGUAAUAUUGAUGAUGUAUCAUCCGUAAGAAGUUUAAUUUGUUCAUCUAGAAAGACAUCUGACGAUUCUGAUGGAAUGCUUAAACCAACAUCUUGUAUAAUUAACCAGAUGCCUCAGGAAACUGAUAAUAAAAUGCGAUCUGCCAGUUUUACAAGUCUUGUUCAAGAUGGUUUUAUAAAUAAAAUAGAGUUAGAACAAAAUGAUGAUUUCGAGAUAGUGCCCGAAACCCUACCCAAUAAAGUUUGUCAAGAAAUUCCAACAGGUUUACAAAGCGGCAAAGAAGUUGAUAUCAUCCAGAAAAAUAACAUUCAAAACCAACUUACACUUUCAGUAAAAGAGCAGAAUUUAAAUGUUGACAUUAAAGAUCAAACAUUUUGUACCUCGGAAGAAAUAACCAAAAAGCCUUCUAUCAUAAAUACAUUCAUCAGAACCAAUGCAAAACCCAUCUUUAUAUUAAUUAGUGUUUCAAUGGCUGUUUAUGCUUUUCUGUUUGUUGGUGUAGUUACGGUAAUCAUUGACUAUGCUGUGGAUCAGGGUGUUUCCCAUGAAAAUGGGAAAUACCUGAUAAUCGCUUUCUCAGUAGCUGAUCUGAUAGGGCGGCUCAGUUUUGGACAAAUUAUCGACAGGAAAUUGAUCAAGAUUAAAAACUUCUCAGGUUUCACAAUGCUCUUCAUGGGGAUCCUUAUUGCUGCUAUACCUUUCAACAAGAGCUUCACUUACAUGCUGGCCAUCAUAUGUGCCUAUGGGCUCAUUCAAGGAGGAACAGCUAUCAUGUUUCCAAUUCUUGUGAGCCACUAUAUGGACAAAAGCGAAGAGUCAGUGGCCAUGGGUUGCUUGAAUUUCUAUGGUGGUUUUCUUAUGCUUUGUCUGGCUCCUAUGAUAGGUUUCUUUAGAGACAACACAGGCUCAUACAACGGAGUGUUUCACAUUCUUGGUGGCUUGGUGGCUGUGGUUGGUCUCGCUUGGCAGCUAGAACCACUCCUCCUGAAAUGCCAAACAAGACAGACUUCGAGAAAUGCUGAUUCCGAUACUACCAGCAAACUCUAAUUUUCGUUCAUACCAUAAACUUGUAUAUAUUUUGUAUAUAUGAACAUUUAUCGUGA